GUAUCCCCUCUGCCCCUACAGAACCCCGACCUUCGCUAUUCAAAACAAGAUACUAGCCCGGCCAUUGUAUCAAUAAGCGUAUUUUAAAUACGUCAAGUCAUUCGAUUUGUAAUGGUAACCCAUUCGCUUAUCUUAUUAAAAACUUUCGAUAGUGUCUAUUUUUUGAGACUCGAGAUAAGUAAAUUAAAUGGAAAUCAUCGUACGUUGCUGAGAAUGGAAAGUUUCCGCGCCGAGUAGAUCCACCCAUUAACAGUACCCACUAAAUCACCAACCCGCUUCUAAAGUAGUCAGGAGGUCCUCGAUCACCAGACAGGCACCUUCCUUGGAUGCUAGAGGUGAUAACUUCCCUCUUUCCAAUUGCCUAACUGCAUGAUAGAUCGAAGCCCCGUAGAUCGCUCCUUCUCUACGUAAGCGGGUAGGCACCCGGAUACGGAAUCAUACUCGGGUAGUAGCAACCUUCUCCGAACGAAGACAGCAACGUUCCGUCCCGGAAAUACAUAGAACCCAAUAAUCCGAUAAGAUAUUCGGAACCUCAAUGUUAUCGUAACACUUUAUAAUUGUCUAAACUGAGCGAAUAAGUUCCGUCUUUUUGAAAGUUGCUCGAGGGGCUUGAACUUGCCCGAUUAUCAAAAAUCAUGGCGUCCGCUCCUUUUAUCGACUUGGUGGCUCCGAAUGGAGUCAAAUACGCCCAACCGACGGGCCUAUUCAUCAAUAACGAAUUUCUCCUAUCAGCCGAUGGGAGCAGCGUAGACUCAAUUGAUCCAGCCACCGAAGAAAAGAUAGCGACUGUACAAGCUGCGAGCGUCGCAGAUGUUGAUAAUGCGGUCAAAGCAGCUCGUAAAGCACUUAAGGGUCCUUCUUGGAAACUACUCUCGGCUUCAGACCGCGGAGCUCUCCUCUACAAGCUCGCGGACCUUAUCGAAGAGAAUCGCGAGCUUUUUGCUACUAUAGAUGCAUGGGAUAAUGGCAAAACCUACCUCGAGGCACUAGAAAACGACCUCGUAGAGGCCGUAGGUGUGAUCCGCUAUUAUGCUGGGUGGGCAGACAAAGUCUUCGGCCAGACUAUUAGUACCACCCAUCAGAAAUUUGCCUACACGAUUCGCCAACCGGUAGGAGUGGUAGCGCAAAUAAUUCCAUGGAAUUAUCCUCUCUCAAUGGCAACUUGGAAGUUAGGGCCGGCCCUUGCUUGUGGAAAUACGGUAGUUCUCAAAACAGCAGAGCAAACUCCAUUGAGUAUCCUUGUUUUAGGGACUUUGGUCAAAAAAGCAGGGUUCCCUCCUGGUGUGGUUAACUUCUUGAAUGGUCUAGGGAAUGUGACGGGGUCUGUCCUGGUGAGUCACCCCCUGGUGGACAAGGUUGCCUUUACUGGCAGUACUGCAACUGCAAGCGCUAUCAUGGGCGCUGCCGCAAAGACUCUUAAGAAUAUUAGCCUCGAGACAGGAGGAAAAUCACCAUUGAUUGUCUUUGAAGACGCCGAGAUGGAACAGGCUGUCAAGUGGUCGCACCUAGGCAUUAUGUCGAACCAGGGUCAAAUUUGUACCGCGACGUCACGGAUACUAGUCCACGAGCGAGUGUACGAUGAAUUCCUGGCUAAAUUUCUCGAAACUACUAAGAGUACAAGUAAAGUUGGGAAUCAAUGGGGUAAAGAUACUUAUCAGGGACCCCAAGUAUCUAAAGCCCAGUACCAGCGUGUGUUGGAUUACGUAAACAUUGGGAAAGGCGAGGGGGCCACCCUCGCAUUUGGCGGAGAGCCUCUCAAUAUCAAUAGUAACGGCAAGGGGCUUUAUGUUAGCCCAACGGUAUUUACAAACGUUUCUCCAUCGAUGCGCAUCUGGCAGGAAGAAGUAUUCGGUCCAUUUGUCGUUAUCUCAAAGUUCGCCGACGAGGAUCAAGCCGUAGCUCUUGCAAACGACACCACAUACGGACUGGGAGCUGCCGUUUUUACGACUAAUCUCGAAAGAGCGCAUCGCGUUGCCGCUGAGAUUGAAGCGGGCAUGGUGUGGGUCAAUAGUAGCCAAGACUGUGACCCGAGAGUGCCGUUCGGCGGUGUGAAGCAAAGUGGAAUCGGUCGGGAGCUUGGUGAAGCGGGUUUAGAGGCGUACACGCAAAUCAAGGCCAUCCAUGUAAAUAUGGGCAACAGACUCUAGAAUAUCCAGAUAGCCGUGUUUUGAGGGUAAGGAAUCCCUUUUCCGACCGUCAACUGAGUCGAAUUAUCCGGCUCAUCGCCCCUAUUUCAUGAUUA